UCAUAACCAAAAGCAAUGCAGCUAGACGAUGUUGAUCCGCGUAACAUCAUCUUCAAACGGGAACUUUCGACUUCUGAAUUCUCAACUAUCUUUCUUGUAACAGCGCGUAACCAAACCUGUGUCAUGAAGGUGCACCGCGGAAGAGGUCCACGGCGCUACUACGAGCCUGAUCGUGAAUUAGAUAAUCACGUUCUCGAAUCAACAGCCUACCGCCGCCUGAAGGACCAAGGUCUCUGUGAUCGUGGCAUUGUGCCCGACUUUCUGGGCUCUCUGAGAAAGUUCGACCCGAAGAUAUGCAGCCCCCAUCUGGACAUGUUUCUCGAAGAUGAAUACGACCCCAGUGCGAUUUUCCUGGAAUACAUCCCUGUAAUGGAGAUGGUCCAUCUGCAUAAUUUCACAGAAGGGCGGAUGGAUGGGUUCAUUGAGGGGGUCCGGGAGAUACACAAGGCUAUGGUGCUACACGAUGAUCCAAGACCACGGAAUAUGAUGAUCGUCCGAGGUGACCCGGAGAGAGUGAUGUGGAUGGACUUCGACAGAGCAAAGACCUAUGGCCGUGAUAGUGUUACUGAUGAGCAGAGAAUACUUUUGGGGGAAGAGGAAGAGACUGUCGUGGGGUUUAAACAGUGCCUGGGGUCUGAUUUCUCCAAGGGAAAGUUAGAAGAAGCGUACAUAUUCUACUGCACCUGA